AUGAGCAUAAAUUUUUGUGAAGGAUUCAAACUGACAAGAAGAGAUGGAAGACCAAGUGAUAUACAUCAAAGAAACUUCUAUAUAGUGCCAGACAUGUCAGAAGAGAAGUCCCAAAUUAAGAUCAAAUUCUUCACCAAGGAGGAAGAUGAAUCCAUCCAGGUUUCUGACGCACCAUUGUAUGUCCCAGUUUCAUUAAAGAGAUAUGGUUUAUCUGAAGUUGUAAACCAUUUACUCGGUAAUGAUGAGGAAACUGAUGAAACCAAACCAGUUCCAUUUGACUUCCUUAUCGAUGGUGUGUUAUUGAGAACUUCCCUUGACGAGUACUUGACCAAGAACGGGUUGUCUAGUGAAGCUUUCUUGAACUUGGAAUAUACCAGAGCUGUUUUACCACCAUCAUUUUUGGCAUCGUUCAAUAAUGAUGAUUGGGUCUCAAGUUUAGACACCAUAAAUACUACCUCAUCAGCUGUGACCAGCUCCAAUAUGUCUAUUCUUCAACCAAAAAUAUUGUCCGGUUCCUACGAUGGGAUUGUAAGAACUUACAAUAUGUCAGGAGCAGUUGAAAAGCAAUACACUGGACAUUCUGGUCCUAUCAGAGCAGUUAAAUGGAUCUCUCCAACAAGAAUAGUGUCUGCUGGUAAUGACAGACAAGUUAGAUUAUGGAAAACCUCUAUUGGUGAACAAGAAGAUGAAGAAGAUAUCGAAGAUGGUAAAACUUUGGCCAUUUUGGAAGGUCACAAGGCCCCAGUAGUUUCUUUGGCCAUUGAACACAACACUAACCGUAUUUUAUCAGCAGGUUAUGAUAACGCUAUUGGAUUCUGGUCUACCAACUACAAGGAAAUGACUGCAGUUCAGCCAUUAGAAUAUGAUUCUAAUGUUAUCUCUUCAUCUUCCAAGAAAAGAAGAAAGAUGGCUCUUCAAGAUUCUACUAUCAGACGUAGAUCUCCAUUGGCUCUUUUAGAAGGUCACGCUCAACCAGUUGAAGAUGUCACUUUUGAUGCUAACGAUGCCACUGUUGCCUACUCCGUAUCACAAGAUCAUUCCAUUAAAACUUGGGAUUUGGUCGUUUCUCGUUGUGUUGAUACCAGAACGACAGGAUAUUCUCUUCUUUCCACUUUACAAUUACCUAACUUGCAUCUCUUGGUGUGUGGUUCUUCUGCACGUCAUAUCAACUUGCACGAUCCUCGUGUCAGUGCCACAACUACAGAACAAACCAGCAACUUGAAGUUGGUUGGUCAUACCAACUUUGUGGUUGGGUUAUCUGCCAACCCAACCAACGACUACAUGUUCUCCUCUGCCUCUCAUGAUGGUACUGUUAAGGUUUGGGAUGUAAGAGCUGAAAAGUCAUUGUACACCAUCACCAGAGAAUCUAAAGAAGCCGCCAAGGGUCAAGAUAAGGUAUUUGCCGUUUCUUGGGACAAGGACAUUGGUAUUGUUAGUGGUGGCCAAGAUAAGAAAAUCCAAAUCAACAAGGGAUCUGGAAUUACUAAAUAG